GCCGAAAACGACUCCGCUCACGCCGACGCCAACCACGCCGGAAAAGACGCUGCUCGACUCGCCGACGCAGCCCGUGCCAAGGACGCCGCCCGUUGCCGGAACGUCACCGCCGCACCAAGCCGACUCCUCACGCACGACGCCGACCCCAGCACCACGAAGGUACGUCCUGACGUCACCCGCACCGCCACGUGUUACGUUACCGACGCCUACCGCUCUGACAAAGACGCCCGUCGUCCUGACGCCCACGCCCGUCGUCCCGACGCCGACGCCCGCCGUCCCGACGCCCGCCGUGCCGACGCUCAUCGACUUGACGUCUCCCGACACAAGUCCGAUCCCGCCGCCGCCUGCCACACUGCGUUUCGUCGACCCGACGCCACUUAUCCCGACGCCGACGCUCGCCGUCCCGACGCCGACAAUUCCGCUUCCGCCACCUCCUGUCCUGGAGCCGCCAACCUCGGCACCUCUCGUCGACCUGACGUCUCCCGACGCUGGUCCAAACGCAUCAUCGCCAGCAAGACCUCGUUUCGCCGACCUGACGCCACUCAUCCCGACUAUGAUGACGCUUGACUCGCCGAAGCCAACCGAGCGACGCCCGACAACGACCGUCCCACCGCAGUCUGCCACGCCGUCCAGCACCCGCCUCGUGUCGGAGACACCUCCCGACGCCGGAAUGACCUCGCCACCGCACCGAACCGCCGUCCCGACGCCACCAAGGUCAUUUCCGGCGAAACCCGCAUCGUCUCCGCCACACGACUCGCCACGGACGCCACCAGACUCGACGCCGACGCUUCGUGUCACCUUGUCGCCACCACCUGGCUUCGACGUCAUCCGGCCGUCGUCACCGCUACCAGAGUGCGCAGUCGCAAACAGGACGCUUUGCGACACGAUGUCCAGGGCCAUGACGCCGAGACGCCUGAGCGCCGCCCCGCCGCCUGGAUUUGCUCCUCUGUGCCCGCCUGGCUUCGAGGCACAGACGGAUGAACCGGACCGAAAGAGACGGACGCGCGCGACGCCGACGCUGACGCCGCCUACAUGCCCACCUGACACGACGCCAGAAUCGACCGAGGCGCCACGACGCCCGAUUCCGACGCCGAUCGCCGCAGUACCGGAACACCGGUCAAGUGCCCUGCCGCACGAGACGCCACCCAAAUGUCGCAAGUUGGCAACAUUGGGACGCCGCACCGUGAAGAGUCGCCUGAGCUCCCUACAUCCGCCUGUCGCGAUGCAGGUCGACGCCACGACGCCGGGACGCCCGACCGUCCCACCGCCGAACGUGACCGUCACCCGGACUUCGACACCUGUCACCCGUCUGUCACGACGGGCCGCGAAGCGCCCGCCUGUCGGCGAGGCUGAGCCGGGCCGUGCCGAGCGCCGCCCGCGCUUGCUGCCCGCCUGCCACGAGCCGCCUGACCUUGGCCGCCGCCGCCCCUGCCGGCCGGCGCCCUGGCCACCGCCACGCUAUCACACGCAGCAGCCGCCGCAGCCGCAGCUGACGCAGAUUUGGGGCUCGGGACAACUGGUGGGUCACCACCCACAAGGCAGCGGAGGGAUGAACGGCCUGAAGGAAGGGUGGUUCAGCGAGUUGAAUGACCUCUGGCCGGGGGUCAGCCUGUCGCUGGAGGUCGACAAGGUGCUGCACUCGGAGAGGUCCGAGUUCCAGGACAUCCUGGUGCUGGAAACGAAGAGCCAUGGCCGCGCGCUCGUCCUCGACGGGAUCAUCCAGUGCACGGAGCACGAUGAGUUCGCCUACCAAGAGAUGAUCUCCUUCCUCCCGCUGUGCAGCCACCCCGAUCCUAAAAAGGUGCUGAUCGUGGGCGGGGGUGACGGCGGCGUGGCACGGGAGGUGGCCAAACACCCGGCCGUGGAGAGCAUCACGCAGGUGGAGAUAGACGGCCGCGUGGUCGACCUGUCCAAGCGCUGGCUGCCAUUUAUGGGUGUCGGCUUCAGCAGCCCCAAGCUGACGCUGCACGUCGCCGAUGGCUUUGAGUUCAUGGCGCGACACCAGCAGGAGUUCGACGUCAUCAUCACUGACUCCUCAGACCCAGUUGGUCCCGCUGUGGCUCUUUUCGAGCAGAGCUACUUCAAACUGAUGUCGAGCGCGCUGCGGCCCGGUGGCAUCGUUUGCUCCCAGGGCGGGACCGUGUGGUCGAACCUCGACCAGGUGUGCGACCACAUGGACCACUGUCGCUCCACCUUCCCCCGCACGGCUCUCGCCUGGGCGUCCGUGCCCACCUACCCCAGCGGCAUGAUUGGCUUCGUGCUGGGCAGCUUGAACCCGAAAACAAACUUCAAAGAACCUCUUAGGAUAUUCACAAACGAUGAGCUGGAGAAAAUGAACUUACGCUACUACUCAAGUGAAAUACAUCGUGCCUCAUUCGUCCUUCCUAGGUUUGCUGAAAAAGUUUUGUUUCCUGCAAGCACGUUAAAAUGAAAUUAAUGUCCAGUUCUGAAUUAGAUGGUUAAAAAUUUGAUUUUAAUGCAAUGUUGGAGAAUUAAUAUGGGGAUUUAAUAUUGGUGUAAAGCGUGAUCACACCGUAGUUAUUUAAUUUUUAAGAGUUGGGUGAGUUCAGGUUUUUGCCUUUUGCUCAAGUUGUUUUUAUUUUUUUUUCAAUUAAGUUUGAGGUAGUUACAUGAUAAUUUAAAAUGGUUCAAUUAAUUUUUUUUUUUUUUUUUCAAUUUUAUUUUUUAAUCCAGUUGUGCAGCUGCAUCUUAGAGUAAAUGUGUUAUUGUUGUGUUGAUAAGAUCCUUUUCAGAAACAGAGAAAUGAUUGUCAUUGUGAGAAAGCAUGCAGAUAUGCUUAAGCAUUCCGUUCAUUGUAUUUUUUUCAUUCCUGAUGUGAACCUAUGGUAAUCUUUUGGCGUAACAGGGCGUAGAUAUCGUUCCAAAUUUCUAAAUUAUUUUUGACCUGUGCAGUGUAACUUUGCCUCAAGUUUUACUUUUAUCUAUAGUAGUACCAAUGGUCUAUGUAUCUUUCUGGCACUGUUCUGUCAACAGGUUUGUAAACAACUUUAUGUGGCUGUCAGUAUUCGUAAAAAAAAAAAUCAUGUUUUGCUUUAAGGUGCCAGUUAGGAAAUUAAUGCUGCUGGUACCACUUUGUAGAACUAUCAAAUUUAAGACAUGUUGCAGACAAUGUUGUUUGGUGUAGGGUUUGUUACAGUGAUUGAGCAGUCGCAUCAGUUACCUCCAACCAAGAUGAUGGUUUAAUUCCUGGCUGGGGAAAACCCGAAUUUUUGUGUGGAAAACAUGGCAGACGUUACCAUGGGCCGAUGGGUUUUCUUGGGCUACUCCAUUCACUCUCAUCCACUCGUUCCAUCACUCUUCCAUUCUUGUCCCAUCACCCUCCAUCAUCCUUAAUGACAUCUACGUUGAUGAGACUUUAAGCUCUAAUUAAUUAUUCAUUCCAUCAUUCCUUAAGGCUCAGGUUCACGUGCCUUGUUGGAUUUUAGCAUUUUCACAACUUUAUCUGUGUACUUAUGCAUCUAUAGUCAAGGGCAGAGACUUGUGUAGACAAGAGAGAUGCUAGGAAGAUCAGAACAACAGGAAUGAAUCUGAAGUUUAUGAGGGGUAUGUUGGCAGUUACCAGGCGAGACAGAAUCAGAAAUGAGAGGGUGCAAGCAAGUGCAGUACAGGACGUGAAUGGAAUCAUGGAAAAAGGCAAGCAUGAGAUGCUACGGCCAAGUUCAGAGAAUAGGAAAAGAGAGGCUGUUUAGGAAAAUGAUGGUGGGGUUGAAGUACACAGGAAGGAGGUGGGAAGAGCAGAGAUUUAAAGGAGUGCAGGAGAGAGGAGAAGAACAGAACAGAGUGAAGCAGAAGGAACGUUGUUAUCUGCCAUUUAUAAGAAACCAGGCAAAUAUUAUUUAUAGUAUAGAUUUUACCUACCUUUUUAACUAAAAAUAAUGUGACUGAAUAAAAUGUGCCCCCAAACGUUUUGAUCAUAAGCUUAUGAAAAAUAAUUUAUGGAUUGGAAAUUCAAGUAUGUAGCACGUAAAAAUUAUUCAAAUUAUUCAAUUUAUUCCAUAUUACUAGACCCCUCUGGUGUCACUUUCAUCGGUAGAGUGAUUUACAUGGUCUGUUUCGAAACACCAAGCCUCAGGUAGAAAAACAAGUGUGUUUUAUGACUGUAGUUCAAAAGUGGUUGUUCAGAAAGCAAAGAAUGUGGUGACAUACGGUGGGUGGUCCCCUGUGAGGAUGAAAGAGGGGUGCCUUCGCCAUAAGCUACUGUAAAGAGAAGCAGAAGGAACCCAGUGACAAAUUCCAUUUGCACCCUCUUCUUCAUCCUGCAUCUUUCAUCUGUCAGGCCUGUGCAGAGUUUAAGAAGCCCUGAACAAAAGUGGCAUAAGUGAUGCAAUUUACAGACUCUUCCCAAGAUACAAGUUUUAGUUUGCACAGUUUUGGUAAAAAUCAUAGCAUUAUAUUCAGGUAGAUAUGGUAAUUGCAUUGUGGUCACUCACUAGAAGUUCUUUUUAUUUUCUUCAACAGCUGGUGAAUGCAUACUUCUGUUAUCUUAUUUUCAAGAUAUUUCUUUGUGAAUACUAUCUGGAAUUAGAAAAAAAAUUUCAAGAUGGCAGGUGUAGUGAGCCUUAAGGAAAGUACAGCUUUCAAAUCUUCCAUGAGCAUAUUGUCAUUUGUGUUACAAAUUUCCAAACAUUGCAGCUUCGUUAUAUGUAAAAGCUUCUUGCUGAUGUAAUUAUUAAUAUCUGGGUGACUGAUCUUCCCUUGGAAGAAGUUAAACUUUGUUCAAUGAAAAUGGGUGUAUUUAAUUUGGCACUUCCGUGAUAUUAACAUCUAUAUGGUGGAGUGUGUGUUUGUUUUUUCAUUUAAGAAUUUUAUGUUUAAGAAUUGUGAUGCAUGAAAGAUGAAUGUCAUACAACAUAACCAUUACUGUAAGAUUUAUCAACUUGUGUUUUAUAAUUGUCUAUUACAGAUAUGUUAAUAGACUUUUACCAUAUAAGCUUGCAAAAUAAAUGACUUAGUCACAUGGAAUGUAUUUGUAAUAAUAUUUUUAAAAUAAUGUAAUAUAUAUUUUUUAUUGUAUGUAUUACAUUUUAUAACCUAACGAGAGUUUAUUUUAGUUGAUGUACAUUUUAUCAUAGAUUAAACGAAUUUGAAUUUA